AUGAAGGUGACCGUUGUCUCUCGCAACGGCAGAGAAGUCAUCAAGGGCGAGAUCGAUCUCAAGGAUUCGAUUCCCCAAGCUUGCCCAGAGAGGCCACACGCACUCCCACUCCCUGUCCCUGUCCCUGUCCCUCCCCCUCCUUGUGGCCUCGAUCAGCCACGGGCUUCUCUAGCUCUCAUAAGCGAGGAGACGAACAAACAUAAGCCCCAGGACGACGUCGUCUCCGAGACCCAACUGAAGCAAGGAGUCAAAGAGGGAGUGGUGGGAAGGGAAGGUGAUAAGGGUGUCACGGGUUCGAAGGGGUUUAGAGGCUCUGGGAGUGGUUCUUUUAGGGGGGAGAGAGUGUAUGCACAGAAGCCAGUGCGACGCCAGGGGGGGCUCCCGCCUCUCCUUCGCCGGAGAAAGCUCACCGGCGACUUCGAGUUCAAGAAGGUGGAGACCGGCGCUGGAGACUCAAUACGUGAGGCCAAGACUACAGUCAUGAUAAAGAAUCUCCCCAAUAAGUUCACCACGGAGAAGCUCCUGGCCAUACUCGAUCAGCACUGCCUAGAAGAGAAUAAGAAGGUUCUCUCUUUAAAAAGAGAGGAGGAAGCAUCUGAUGUGAAACUGGGAGAUGCUGAGGUAGUCACGACCCUAUCCGAGUUCGACUUCUUAUAUCUUCCCAUAGACUUCAGGAGCGGCAGUAAUUUGGGCUACGCCUUCGUGAACUUCUCAAGCUCAAUUGCAGCCCGGAGGCUGCACGACUAUCUGCAUGACUUUGAAUGGAAAUGCUUCGGAUCUCGCAAGAUAUGCGAGGUUACCUACGCCAGGAUCCAGGGCUUACAGGAUCUCAAGGAUCACUUCAAAAACUCUGUAUUCAUCUGCGAGCGUGAUCAAUUCCUUCCGAUGUGCUUCCAGCCAUGCCGCAAUGGCUUUAAUCAAGCAGAGCCGGAGUAUGUUUGUAGGCGGAUUCACGUUGCAUCCCAGGCUAUGGAAUGA